CAAGGACACGUUGACGGAUAUAGUGCACGCUUGGGAGAUCACCCUGGGAGAUCGCCGGUAAUUUGUACAGUUGUGUGACUUAUGGAACCUUGAAAAACUGUUUGAGAUAUAAAAGUGGUCAGUAGUGGACUUACGGCCUUUGGAAUGGCGGCAAGUUAGCACGUUAUUUUACGGGAUAUAAUGGAUCAUUAGUCAAGCGCAAAUCUCAUGACGUAGAAACAUGACACGAUGUAUCUGAGGAGCGUGACGUGUCUGGCGUAAAUAGACAAGUUUGGACAGAGGGAAGUAACUGAGAACUGAAAUGAAUAAAGCUCGACUUCCCUGCUUUGGCUUGGACAUUGGAGGAAGCUUGGUCAAAUUAGUGUACUUUGAGCCAUGCAAUUUACAAAUAAACCGUAAUGGACAAGACAAAGUUGGCUUGGAGGCAAUACAAGAUUUUAUCAAGUCAAAUGUUAAUUAUGGAGAAACAGGAGCUAGAGAUGAAAGGUUGGCAAUGGAAAAUGUGGUUUUGGGAGGAAGAAAAGGACAUUUACAUUUUAUUAGAUUUUCAACUGAUGUGGUGGGAAAAUUUCUUUUACUUGCUGAAGAAUUAAAUGCAUCAGUCCUUAAUGACAAGGUGUGUGCCACUGGUGGAGGAGCAUUCAAAUUUGAAAAGGAUUUUAAAGAGAUCCUAGGUGUACAACUUGUGAAGUAUGAUGAACUUGAAUGUCUCAUUCAUGGCAUACACUUCAUCAACUCUUCCUGCAUAAAUGAAUGUUACUACUGGAACAACCUGCACUGUUUAGAGAAGUCAGAAAAAGUACCGUAUAACUUUGACUUGAAUCCUUAUCCUUAUAUUGUGGUAAACAUUGGUUCUGGAGUCAGCAUUUUGUUUGUGGAAUCUGCAGAAAAGUUUUCAAGGAUAAGUGGUACCAGUCUUGGAGGUGGAACAUUUCUAGGCCUUUGUUGCUUGUUAACUGGCUGCUUGUCAUUUGAUGAAGCUCUUUCCAUGGCUGAAGAGGGUGACAGCACAAAAGUUGAUAAACUGGUGCGAGAUAUCUAUGGUGGGGACUAUUCUAAGUUUGGUUUACAAGGAGAUACAGUUGCAAGCAGUUUUGGGAAGAUGUGCUGUGAACAGAACAGAUCUGCAGUGAGCAAAAAUGAUUUAGCAAGAGCCAUGCUUAUCACCAUAACUAACAACAUUGGUUCAAUUGCAAGAAUGUGUGCUGUCAAUCAUAAGGUAGAAUGUGUGGUAUUUGUGGGCAACUUCCUUCGCUGUAACACAAUAGCCAUGAAGCUGCUUGCUUAUGCAAUGGAUUAUUGGUCCAAAGGAACAAUGAAAGCUCUAUUUCUGACGCAUGAGGGUUAUUUUGGUGCUGUUGGUGCUUUGCUUGAACUUAAAACAAGAAUGAAAGGUGACAAAGAUUGCCAAAUCACCACUUAAAUCCAUCAUAGUUUUUAUAAUGAAAAUUCAUCAUUCAUUAUUUUAUGUAAAUUUUAAGUAAACAAAAGCAUAAUACAAGGGAUAGUGAUAAUAAAAGUACAAAAGAUAAAUUACAAUUUUAUUUAAUUCCUGAAAAGGAUUUUUUAGUAAUAGUCUGGUUGAUAAAAAAAAGUAGGAUUGGAAGACUUGGAUAUAACCUAAUGAUACUUGAAAAAUAAGGUUUUAGAAUUUCCCUCAAAGGGCUUCAAUUUAUUUAGUAAUUUUCAACUUGCCAAGGGCAUUUUCAGUCAGUGAUCACUCACUGUGGUUUUACAUACUCAAAAUUGGUGUAUUAAUUUUGCUAUUUAAAUGAAGUACAGUUGUAUGGUAAAGUAAUAAGAUAUGAUGUCCUUUUAUAUGUACAGAAGGAUCCAAAACAAAAAUGUUGUAAUUAUAUCUGUUCUUAAUACUCCUGACGCAAGCAUUAUACUUUUAGAAAUCUAAUUCAAUUAUUUAAGGUGCACUAUUUGAUAACUGGGACAAUUUUGUUACUGCAUUAAAUAUUGAUAUGAAACAUAAUUCUAGUCAUAGUGUCAUAGUAUGUCAGAGGGAGAGUGUUGGGUGUUGUACAUGCACCAAAAGUUCCUUCAACAUUUUAUAAUAAUAAGUGCAAUCAAUAGGUCAUUUAUUGAGAGGUUCAUUUCAAAUUUGCCUUUUUUCCCCAUCCAUAAAAU